AGUCAUACUGCACCAGCUGAGCAAUGCACAGAGUGGACCUGUAGGCGACUUGCAUCAUCUUCAACAUGAAGAUAGCCACAGUGUCAAUGCUUCUGCCCUUGGCUCUUUGCCUCAUCCAAGAUGCUGCCAGUGAGAAUGAAGAUCAGGAAAUAUGCCAUGAAUUUCAGGCAUUUAUGAAAAAUGGAAAACUGUUCUGUCCCCAGGAUAAGAAAUUUUUUCGAAGUCUUGAUGGAAUAAUGUUCAUCAAUAAAUGUGCCACAUGCAAAAUGAUACUGGAAAAAGAAGCAAAAUCACAGAAGAGGGCCAGGCAUUUAGCAAGAGCUGCCAAGGCUACUGCCCCAACAGAGCUGAAUUGUGAUGAUCUUAAAAAAGGAGAAAGAGAUGGGGAUUUUAUCUGUCCUGAUUUUUAUGAAGCUGUUUGUGGCACAGAUGGGAAAACAUAUGGCAACAGAUGUGCACUGUGUGCUGAGAAUGCGAAAACCGGGUCCCAGAUUGGUGUAAAAAGUGAAGGGGAAUGUAAGAGCAGUAAUCCAGAGCAGGAUGUAUGCAGUGCUUUUCGGCCCUUUGUUAAAGAUGGAAGACUUGGAUGCACAAGGGAAAAUGAUCCUGUUCUUGGUCCUGAUGGGAAGACGCAUGGCAAUAAGUGUGCGAUGUGUGCUGAGCUGUUUUUAAAGGAAGCUGAAAAUGCCAAGCAAGAGGGUGAAACUAGAAUCCGACGAAAUGCUGAAAAGGAUUUUUGCAAGGAAUAUGAAAAACAAGUGAGAAAUGGAAGACUUUUUUGUACACGGGAGAGUGAUCCAGUCCGUGGCCCUGACGGCAGGAUGCAUGGCAACAAAUGUGCCCUGUGUGCUGAAAUUUUCAAGCGGCGUUUUUCAGAGGAAAACAGUAAAACAGAUCAAAAUUUGGGAAAAACUGAAGAAAAAACUAAAGUUAAAAGAGAAAUUGUGAAACUCUGCAGUGAAUAUCAAAAUCAGGCAAAGAAUGGAAUACUUUUCUGUACCAGAGAAAAUGACCCUAUUCGUGGUCCAGAUGGGAAAAUGCAUGGCAACUUGUGUUCCAUGUGUCAAGCCUACUUCCAAGCAGAAAAUGAAGAAAAGAAAAAGGCUGAAGCACAAGCUAGAAACAAAAGAGAAUCUGGAAAAGCAACCUCAUAUGCAGAGAUUUGCAGUGAAUAUCGAAAGCUUGUGAGGAACGGAAAACUUGCUUGCACCAGAGAGAACGAUCCUAUCCAGGGCCCAGAUGGGAAAGUGCAUGGCAACACCUGCUCCAUGUGUGAGGUCUUCUUCCAAGCAGAAGAAGAAGAAAAGAAAAAGAAGGAAGGUGAAUCAAGAAACAAAAGACAAUCUAAGAGUACAGCUUCCUUUGAGGAGUUGUGUAGUGAAUACCGCAAAUCCAGGAACAACGGACGGCUUUUUUGCACCAGAGAGAAUGACCCCAUCCAGGGCCCAGAUGGGAAAAUGCAUGGCAACACCUGCUCCAUGUGUGAGGCCUUCUUUCAACAAGAAGAAAGAGCAAAAGCAAAGGCUAAAAGAGAAGCUGCAAAGGAAAUCUGCAGUGAAUUUCGGGACCAAGUGAGGAAUGGAACACUUAUAUGCACCAGGGAGCAUAAUCCUGUCCGUGGCCCAGAUGGCAAAAUGCAUGGAAACAAGUGUGCCAUGUGUGCCAGUGUGUUCAAACUUGAAGAAGAAGAGAAGAAAAAUAAUAAAGAAGAAAAAGGGAAAGUUGAGGCUGAAAAAGUUAAGAGAGAAGCAGUUCAGGAGCUGUGCAGUGAAUAUCGUCAUUAUGUGAGGAAUGGACGACUCCCCUGUACCAGAGAGAAUGAUCCUAUUGAGGGUCUAGAUGGGAAAAUCCACGGCAACACCUGCUCCAUGUGUGAAGCCUUCUUCCAGCAAGAAGCAAAAGAAAAAGAAAGAGCUGAACCCAGAGCAAAAGUCAAAAGAGAAGCUGAAAAGGAGACAUGUGAUGAAUUUCGGAGUCUUUUGCAAAAUGGAAAACUUUUCUGCACAAGAGAAAAUGAUCCUGUGCGUGGCCCAGAUGGCAAGACCCAUGGCAACAAGUGUGCCAUGUGUAAGGCAGUCUUCCAGAAAGAAGAUGAGGAAAGAAAGAGGAAAGAAGAGGAAGAUCAGAGAAAUGCUGUAGGACAUGGUUCCAGCGGUGGUGGAGGAGGAAACACUAAGGACAAAUGUGCUGAGUAUCGGGAACAAAUGAAAAAUGGAAGACUCAGCUGUACUCGGGAGAGUGAUCCUGUACGUGAUGCUGAUGGCAAAUCGUACAACAAUCAAUGUACCAUGUGUAAAGCAAAAUUGGAAAAAGAAGCAGAGAGAAAAAAUGAUUAUUCUCGCUCCAGAUCAAAUGGGACUGGAUCAGAAUCAGGGAAGGAUACAUGUGAUGAGUUUAGAAGCCAAAUGAAAAAUGGAAAACUUAUCUGCACUCGAGAAAGUGACCCUGUCCGGGGUCCAGAUGGCAAGACACAUGGCAAUAAGUGUACUAUGUGUAAGGAAAAACUGGAAAGGGAAGCAGCUGAAAAAAAAAAGAAAGAGGAUGAAGACAGGAGCAAUACAGGAGAAAGGAGCAAUGACAAAGAGGAUCCGUGUCGUGAAUUUCGAAGCAUGCAGAGAAAUGGGAAGCUUAUCUGCACCAGAGAAAAUAACCCUGUUCGAGGCCCAUAUGGCAAGAUGCACAUCAAUAAAUGUGCUAUGUGUCAGAGCAUCUUUGAUCAAGAAGCUAAUGAAAGAAAAAAGAAAGAUGAAGAGAAAUCAAGUAGCAAGCCCUCAAAUAAUGCAAAGGACCAGUGCAGACAGGUUCAGAAUGAAGCGGAGGAUGCAAAAUUUAGACAACCUGUGCGUUCCUUGGCCUCUGUUGCCAGGAUAAGUACAGAUGAGUGCAGUGAAUUUCGAAACUAUAUAAGGAACAAUGAACUCAUCUGCCCUAGAGAGAAUGACCCAGUGCACGGUGCUGAUGGAAAGUUCUAUACAAACAAGUGCUAUAUGUGCAGAGCUGUCUUUCUAACAGAAGCUUUGGAAAGGGCAAAACUUCAAGAAAAGCCAUCCCAUGUUAGAGCUUCUCAAGAGGAAGACAGCCCAGACUCUUUCAGUUCUCUGGAUUCUGAGAUGUGCAAAGACUACCGAGUAUUGCCCAGGAUAGGUUAUCUUUGUCCAAAGGAUUUAAAGCCUGUCUGUGGUGACGAUGGCCAAACCUACAACAAUCCCUGCAUGCUCUGUCAUGAAAACCUGAUACGCCAAACAAAUACACACAUCCGCAGUACAGGGAAGUGUGAGGAGAGCAGCACCCCAGGAACCACUGCAGCCAGCAUGCCCCCAUCUGACGAAUGACGGGAAGAUUGUUGAAAGCCAUGAGGGAAAAAACAAACCCCAAUUCUGAAUCACCUACCUUCACCAUAUGUAUAUACAAAGAAUUCUUUGGAGCUUGUCUUAUUUGCUAUAGAAAACAAUACAGAGCUGUUGGGAAUGGACUCACUGAUUUUCAGUCUUUUCCAUCUCUUUCCUCCUAGACUCUGUGAUCUGAGGGUAUAAAGACAUCUCCACCAAGUCUGAGCCCUCAAAAUGUCCUGAUUACAAUGCUGUCUGUUCCAACUGCCUGUUCAAUAAAAGUAAACUCAGCAGAACACCCUUUCAGGGAUUUCUUUCUCACUGUCUGGAAAAUAGAUAUUUGCUUUUAAAGAAACUGAAUAAACUCUACCCUUUUGUCUUUUUGUCUUGCUAAACCCAUUGGUGGACAGAGAAUGUUCACUUUUUUCCUGCUUAAGUUGCUGUCAUAGCUGAGAAGGACUGUCUAGAAGAGAGGUGGGGAGAUAUGGGUUCCCAUCAGCCAACAGCUAUACAAAGUUAAACUAGCUAUAAAUCAGCUUCAUCUUAAGUAUUCAUUACCAUACCAGCUCCCCUUUCUGCAUUUUCAUGAAUGGGAUAACUGCCUCUCAGUUAUUUAGGUCCCAUCCAAAGACAUAAACCAGUAAGUUUUCAUGUCUAUUCAUUAAGUUACCUCUUGACAAUUUCCUAUAUCACAGCCUUGUACCCAUAAUCUGGGAAGAACUAAGAAAAUUAAUUACCAAUUUGUGUAAGCAUCUACAGUGGCACUCUCCAAUAGAAAUGUAAUUUAAGCCAUAUAUGCAAUUUUAAAUUUUCUAGAGGUUACAAAUAAUAAUUAUAAAAUUAUUAAUUUUAAUAAUAUAUUUCAUUUAGCUUAAGAUAUCAAAACUAUUAAUAUAAUCAAUAUAAACUUUUAAAUUUACUAAGUCUUUGAUUUUGGUGUAUAUUUUACACUUACAGCACAUCUCAGUGUGGACCAGCCACAUUUCAAGUACUCAAGAGAUACAUGUGGGUAGAGAUCACCGUAUUAGGCAACGCAGUGCUGCCAUGAGCUAAUGGACGUGGGAAAUCAGAGGAGGAAUGCAGGCACUAGGUAGGGGUGGAUGAAAUGCUUGUAAGCACCUUCCUCUAUGCUGAAACUCUGUAAAUCCCUACUCUACCUAGUCGCUUUGUUCACUUGAAAAUUCUGGGCUAGUUCUGAAUACACUCCAUAGGGAGAAAUUAUAUGGAAAAUCCAUUUUGCUGCAAGACGUUUUCAGCUCCAGAAGAACUAGCCUGAUGUGACAGAUUUACUUGGAUUUGGGAAGUUAAUUUGUUAUUUUUCCCCUCUUUUUUUUAAGUCUCUACUAGCUCAAUUAAAAUAUCUCUGGGUUCUAGCAUCUAACCUACCCGUCUUCUCUUCUAGGAUGAAUGAUGGGAAGAUUAUUGAAAAAUAUCACUAAAUCCUAUUUUUCCUUUGUAACUGAGUGAAAAUAAAUUAUCCCUUAUGCUGCA